UGAGACACGGGGGAAUAUUCAUUUUCAACUUCACUGGGUGGCACUACCUCCUAAACACUGGACCUUUAAUAUUUAACCAAAGCAUCACUGUUCACCCUCACACCUGUAUCUACACAUACUGUACAUCGUACUGCCCGUCCCACAGUCUCUCAGUGCGCCAACAUGCUGUCGCCAGGUUAAAAUAAUCCUGCUUAUUCUCUCAUCCAGCUUUAAAAAGCAGUUUUAGGAUUGAUUUGUUAAUCCUAAAACUGGGGUUAUCUUUAGUGACACUGUGCUCUUAUUUUGAAAUAAAGGCAAAAAUGACUUCUGUAUAACCCACGUGUUCUCCUGGUUCACAUAUCUGGGUCAUGUCAACAGCCAGGAUCUGUUGCUCAGUUCCUGAUUCACUUUCAACAACAACAACAAAAAAUCUGGAUAGCUCAAUUAUGCAUGCACAAGAAGGGAUACGCAAUUUUGUAAUGAUUUGUUGUUUUAUAUUAAACCAUAAAACAUUUUUUUAAAUUAUUUGCAUGCAUGCAAUCUCAUACAUGAGUCCUGUGAUCAUGAAAUGAAGAUCCCAUACUUAUUUUUUAAUGCACAUUUCUAUGCAUGUGCAGCCAUUUCCAUGCAAAACACUGCAUUAAUGCCACUUUAACAAUGUGUUAGCAAUGGCCGGAGAUGACACGCUUCCUUCACAUUAGGGGGAUUACAGCUGUUGUUUUGGAGUGGAGGUGGGAGGAGCGGUGUGUUCAUAACAGUAGAUUUACCAACGCUGUGCACAGACCCUGCUCACACACACGCAGAGGUCAGACUGCUUAGAGAUCCGCGGUGCGCUUGUUUUAGCUCUCCUGCACGUCCCAAAAGUUUCUCACCUCGUUCGACCUCUCAGCUCGCUUGUCCUCUACAUGGACUGCGUGUUUUGUUCUCCUCCACCAGCCGUGCCGUCGACAUGGAUCGGUUCGGGUUAUAGCUGCAGGGUCGGUCGCAGGUUAUUCGUAUGGCCGGAGCUUGCUGCAAGUGUCCAGUCUCUCUGUCCGUGUUCAAGCGCUCUCUCUCCGUGGCACCGCGGGGCUGCGGGUCCGCACCUCGAUCCCUCCUUCUGGGCUGGAGGCUGGGGGAGCGAGGCCUUCAAGAGGCCGCCCGACCCUCCAGCGCCCUCAGACCCGCAGGCUUUUACCGACACACUACCUUUCUCUGCCUGUCCUGCCAGGAGUCCAUGAGUGAGAGUCUGCGGACCUGCUACCUGUACCUGAACCAAACCAGCCGGAGUUUUGCAGCUGUGAUUCAAGCGCUGGACGGAGAGUUAAGACAUGCAGUUUGCAUUUUCUACCUGGUGCUGCGAGCGCUGGACACAGUGGAGGAUGACAUGACUAUCCCUCUGGACAAGAAGGUCCCCAUGCUGAACGAUUUUCACACCUUCCUGUACCAAGAUGAGUGGUGCUUCACUGAGAGCCGAGAGAAAGACCGACAGGUCCUGGAGGAUUUCCCCACGAUAUCAGUGGAAUUCAGAAACCUCGCUCAGGAGUACAGAGACGUCAUCUCAGACAUCUGCCAUCGUAUGGGAGUGGGAAUGGCCGAAUUCUUGGAAAAGAAAGUAGGAUCCAUGAAGGAGUGGGACUUGUAUUGCCACUACGUAGCAGGGCUGGUCGGUAUCGGCCUGUCUCAGCUGUUCUCUGCGUCCAAGCUGGAGGACCCUGAGGUGGGGAGGGACACCGACCUAGCUAACUCCAUGGGCCUGUUCCUUCAGAAGACUAACAUCAUCCGAGACUAUCUAGAGGACACGCAAGAGGGACGUGCUUUCUGGCCACAGGAGGCUUGGAGUCAGUUUGCGGGUCGUCUGGAGGACUUGGCCCAGCCCGAGAAGCUUGAGUCGGCUCUCUCCUGUCUCAACCUGUUGGUCACUGAUGCUCUGCGGCACGUCCCGGAUGUUAUUGCUUACCUGUCCCGCCUGCGCAACCAGAGCGUCUUCAAUUUCUGCGCCAUUCCACAGGUGAUGGCAAUAGCUACACUAUCAAAAUGCUACAACAACCCCAUGGUGUUCCAGGGAGUAGUGAAGAUCAGAAAGGGACAGGCUGUCACACUCAUGAUGGAAGCCACCAACAUGAGAGCCGUGCAGACCAUCAUCACCCAGUACAGCCAAGAGAUCUUACAGAAGGUCUCCCUCACUGACCCGUCACGGGACAAAACCCUGCACAUCCUGACUGUAAUCCAAGAGAAGUCCGCCCUGUCGCAGUCCAGCCUCCCCUCCAGGACCCACCACCUGUCGCCCAUGUACCUGUCUGCUGCUAUGCUGCUCGCUGCCCUCAGCUGGCAGUACCUUAGCACCACUGCAGCACAGGCACAAGGCACCGGCGACAUGCAGGGACAGUAACUCCCUUUACCUUUCCUGGUUUCGCACAGACUCAUAAAACUUCUUUGCCCGCUCUGGACGUCUGGUUCUCCUCUGACUGGAGGAAUCUGAAGCACUACUUCCCACUUUGCCCUCUUUAUUCUGGCUGUUACAGAACCAUGGACAUAUUUAGACUAUGGAGGGGUUCUGACAGCAGGCUGGUCUUAUUAGGUUGUUUGAUAAUGAUUUAAAGUAGCCCAUCAUGCAUCUGGAUAAAUUAUGUACACACAGUGUUGUGUGGUUAUUUUCACCAGCAUAAAUGGCUCAUCGAUGGCACCACAAUUCAGGGAGUUUUUGUUGAUUGUGUGGGUUGUUGUUGUUAGAUUUGUUUUAAACAUUUUGACCAUUUUUGAAUUGAGUAGAACUUUUCAGCAUAUUUGAAUAUUUCAAGACAUGAAUCAAUAGUUGAUGUUUCCUCCAUGAAGUGUGCUGAAAUCAUGAAAUGCACAGUACACGACACUGGCCAUUGUAGGAUUUUGUGGGGUCACCAAACUUCAUCCAGACUUGUUUCAUUUUGUCUCAAAUUAUGGUCUUUAUUAUUGUUAACUAGCUUAAUAUUCCAUUUGUUGUGUUUCUACUGGAGAAACACUCAAAUGUGUAGAUACACUAUAUGUCAGCAUCAACUCAUAGUGCAGUUAAUUAACACUUUUAUGUUUGUGUCCCGUUUCAACUCUGUGUCCUUUUGAAAUAGAAAAACAGUGCAAUUCUGGGAUACUUUUGACGUGGACUCUUUGAAUGAAUAGGAAUGAAUAAACAAAUGUAAUUUCUGAUACAUUUGAUAUCUGACAGAAAUGCAUAUUGAGACAGCUAGCUUAAGUGUCCUUAACACAGCUUUGGUGAGUAGAAAGAGUAGCACAGAGUAACUUUGUACAGAACCAAAGGAGAGCUACAAACAUUGCUAUGUAAUGUGAACGUUUGAUUUGUAUAUAUUUGAACAAAUAAAGAAGUGAAAUAAUCUGAA